CCGGAGGACAUUACCUGCCUUGUGCCCGCCGGAGCGGUCCUCACGCCCAGGGACCCCCUGCCGCCCAGCACCACCCCCGGUAGCCAGGCGAACAGCUCGCAAUCCGGCAGCUCGCAAACCGACAAAUCGCCCAACAUCGAGUGCGUCGUUUGCGGGGACAAGAGCAGCGGCAAACACUACGGCCAGUUCACCUGCGAAGGAUGCAAAAGCUUCUUCAAGAGAAGCGUCAGGAGAAACCUAACUUACUCGUGUCGAGGAAAUAGGAACUGUCCGAUCGACCAACACCAUAGGAAUCAGUGCCAGUAUUGUCGAUUGAAAAAGUGCCUGAAGAUGGGCAUGCGCCGGGAAGCCGUACAAAGAGGUCGAGUGCCACCGUCGCAGCCGGCGCUGCCAGGGUUGCCCGGACAGUUCGCCCUGACGAACGGCGACGCGGUCGCGUGUGCCAGCCUGAACGGUCAUUCUUACCUUUCCUCGUACAUAAGCCUGCUCCUGAGGGCGGAGCCGUACCCGACCUCGCGAUACGGCCAGUGCAUGCAACCGAACAACAUCAUGGGAAUCGACAACAUCUGCGAGCUCGCGGCGAGAUUGCUGUUCUCGGCGGUCGAGUGGGCUCGAAACAUCCCGUUCUUCCCGGACCUUCAAGUGACGGACCAGGUCGCCCUGCUCAGGCUAGUUUGGAGCGAGUUGUUCGUGCUAAACGCGAGUCAGUGCUCGAUGCCCCUGCACGUGGCGCCGCUCCUCGCCGCGGCCGGUCUUCACGCCUCCCCCAUGGCGGCGGACCGCGUGGUCGCCUUCAUGGACCACAUUAGGAUCUUUCAGGAACAGGUGGAGAAGCUCAAGGCCCUGCACGUCGAUUCCGCCGAGUACAGCUGCCUGAAAGCCAUCGUCCUAUUCACCACGGACGCGUGUGGAUUGUCGGACGUGGCGCACAUCGAGUCCCUGCAGGAGAAGUCUCAGUGCGCCCUCGAAGAGUACUGCAGGACCCAGUACCCGAAUCAGCCGACGAGAUUCGGCAAGCUGCUGCUGAGAUUACCCUCGCUGAGAACUGUGUCGUCGCAGGUGAUCGAGCAGCUGUUCUUCGUCCGACUGGUCGGGAAGACGCCGAUCGAGACGCUGAUCAGGGACAUGCUGCUCAGCGGUAGCAGCUUCAACUGGCCGUACAUGUCCACGAUGUGACAUUCUGUCUGGCGACAGCUAGCUUCCGCGUAAUACCCUUGGCCUGCCUUGCUUGCGUUCCAGCCGAACCGUCGUCCUGGACGGAGAGAACAGAACUUUCUCCUCUUUUCGAACGGAGGGCGCGUCAGAUAGUGCAGGAUCGAUCGGAGAUAAGAACAGAGUUUCCCCUCUCUCCUCUCGGAUUCCAGUGUCGGAAUCGGGAAAGUUGGGGGAGAAAGGGUGGAAGGGAAAAAGAAGAGAGGCUAGCGCGGCGCGAAGAAAUCAUAAAUUAGCAUUUGUAAUCGACGGCGGGGGAUCUGGUAGAUCCUCGGUAUCUCGCAUCGAUCUUUGCGUCGAGUAAUUGCCGUUAGUCGAGUCAUGCCGAAACCCUUAGUCAUUCGUUUCGACGUUUCGACGUUUCGACGUUUCGACGUUGUUCGCGCUCCUCGCCUCUUUCCUUUUUUCUCUCCCUGUCCUUCCUCCCCGUUUCGCUCGCGAAAAUCUUCCAGAGUCCGUUUUAUCCCCCACGUGCUUACACUUAAGUUUCUUUCGUCGUUGGCGUCGAUCCGUUUACGUUCGUUUGGAAAGCGUUUCCGUGACAGAUUUCCGGCGAGUGUUUCGUGUCUGGCGAGAC